AUGCCGGUUGAAAAUUCCCCUCCGAGAUCUUCCGCGCAAGCUGCUGCUGCAGUCCCUAGUUCUAACAAUCAGGCGACAUGUAGGAUCUGUAAGGAAUCAAUGAUAGAGAGUGAGGAGUGUUUUACAAUAAGUGGAUGUUUACAUACGUUCCAUAAGCUGUGUAUUGAGUCUCAUCUGUCUAGCUCAGGUGAAUGUCCCGUUUGCAAAAGGAUAUGCCAACCUGUCAGGGACAAAGAAAUAGCUACAAGAGAUACUUCGAGGAAGACAAAUCCUUCUCGUGGCAAAGGACGUGGUGCGAUGAGUCACCAAUAUAACACUCGUAGCACAGUUCGCGACUUUUUUCAGAGUCAUAUAGAUAAUUUUCAGGAUAAUAAUGCAUGUUCGCAGGAACAUCGCCAAGUGGCAUCCGAUGCCAAUGACGUGUCUCGUGUGCAGGAUAAUUCCCUUUUAUCGCCCCAGCCACCCACAGACGGCAACGGCAAUGGUUGCUCCGAAAUGCAAGUCUAUAUACAGGACAGGUUGAAAGUUCCCAUGGUGUAG